CAGUGCCCUGGGUUGAAGGCCGGAGCCCUCCACCCGGAACUCCUCUGGAGGGGAGCGCAGAGCCUGGAGGUGAGCGCUGCGCCCGGCUGGACACGACCUGCGCCAUGAGGCACCUGCCGUACUUCUGCCGCGGGGAGGUGGUGAGGGGCUUCGGCAGGGGCUGCAGGGAGCUGGGCAUCCCCACCGCUAACUUUUCCGAGCAAGUAGUUGAAAGCUUUCCAUCUGAUAUCUCUACUGGUGUAUACUAUGGAUGGGCCUGUGUUGGAAAUGGAGAUGUGCAUAAAAUGGUUUUGAGCAUAGGAUGGAAUCCUUUCUAUAGGAAUAUUAAGAAAUCAGUGGAAACACACAUUAUCCACACUUUCAAAGAUGACUUCUAUGGAAAGAUUCUCAGUAUUGUCAUUCUUGGAUAUAUUCGAUCAGAGAGAAACUUCAGUUCUUUAGAGGCACUCAUUUCAGCAGUUCAAGAAGACAUUGAAGAGGCAAAAAGACAUCUGGAUUUACCAGAACAUCUUAAACUCAAAGAAGACACCUUCUUUCAUCUGCCAGAAAGCAAAAGAGGAAACCGCUAACCAAAAAACCAUAUGUUUUUUUUUUUUCAUCUCCUGGAGCUUUUUUCUUUGUAAUACCACGUGCCAUGUGUCAUUUGAUAUAUAAUGUAUGUGUAUAUACUGGGUCUGGCUGGGGUGGAGUUAAUUUUAUUUAUAGCAGCUCAUAUGCUGCUGCGUUUUAGAUUUGUAACCAAAACAGUGAACAUAAGGCGCUAAUGUUUUAGCUGUUCCUGAAAAGUACUUGCACAGCAUCAAGAGCUUCUCAGUUUCUCACUGUUUUCUCCCAGUGAAUAGACUGGAGAUGUGCAAGAGGUUAGGAGGGGGCACAACCAGACAAUUGACCUGAACUGAUCAGUUACUCUUUGCCAUACAAAAGUUGUGCUGAGCAAUAAAACAGAGAGGAGGGUGUUUAGGGAGGUUGGCCAUCUUUUAAUUGGGGACGUCCUUUUCUUCCACUUCUCCUUUGCUUGUCAGUCUAUUUUUACCUUGACCCACACAUUUCCAUGCUUUUUUUCUAUGAUUCUUCUUUCCCUGGCAUGCUAGGGAGGUGUGGUGGAAGUGAGCUGCUGGUUGUAUGGUGCUUAGCUGCCUAUCAGGGUUGUCCUGCAACAACAUGUUUAGGUAACUGGGAUUGGAACUGAACACAAAAACCACACAAGAUGAUUUAAAUUUGUUUGUGUUAUUUGAUCAUUUACCCAGUCAUGCAAAAAGAGGAGAAGGCUGUUUUAGGUCUUUACUGAAAAAUCAUUAAUUGAAAUGUUACCUGUCAUUUAUAAAUCUUAGCACAUGUGGAAGAAGACCUUAGGUAUUUGUGACCUCAUAUGCCCAGAAUAUGUGGAGAGUUACAUGCUUCAGUGAAGACUAUCAGUAUUUCAGACAGAGAAUGUUAUUCCAAACUCCCCAAUUUUCUGUCAUUCUUACGCCUGAAUUGUAGACAGCAGCUUAGAAGAUGUUUAUACUGAUUGACUAAAAAUUUACCUGUGGUACAGGAAACCAAUGAUUAGGUAACAGUAACAAGAAUAAUUCAGUCUAGAUCCUAAUUUUGUUAAGUUACACAGCUGCCAUGGUUGUAGCUGUCUUUUUAAUUGAAAUUAUUUAUUGUAAUUUUAAUUGAAAUAGAGGAAGUGACAGUUACUCAUUGAAUUACUGGAAUGUGAGAUAGAUACUUCUGCCUAGCUGGCUAUGCAUUUGACAACGCAUAACUUGUGUAGUUGCCUUCUGAGGAAGAGUUUCAGUAAUGCUCAGGAAGUGAAUGACAGGGAGAAAAUUGGUACACUGCAUAAGUUCAGACUUUAAGGGUGCAGAACCACUCUAAUAUUUCUGCUCUUUGGGCCCCAAGGCAGAGGAGGAAGCAAAAGGCAACUGCAUUUUGGUUGCUUCUGCCAGUUCCCUUAAAUGGUUAAAACUGGGUUGUUAACUACACCAACUUCAAGGUAGAAGUUAGAAUGUAAAGCACAGAAAAAUAAUUUCAACCUUCUACACUAAGUGCAGGGAAAGCCAAACUUUUGGCUGCAGAUCAGUUAAAAACUUUGGGGAUUAAGUCAUGGCAGUUGAAGUCCCUGGUUACUGGAAAAAGGGAAACAUUGCACACAUUUUUAAAAAGGGUAUAAGUGAGGACCCUGGGAACUAAUGACCUGUCAGCCUCACCUCCAUGUUGGAGAAGAUCAACAGAUCCUCCCAGAAGCUAUGGUAGGGUACAUGGAGGACAGGGAGAUGAUUUGACACAGCCAGGAUGGAUUUACCAAGGGCAAGUCCUGCCUGACCAGCCCAGUGGCCCUCUGUGACAGAGUAACUACAUCAGUGGACAAGGGAAGAGCUACAGAUGUUUUUCUAUCUGGACUUCUGUAAGGCCUUUGACAUGGUCCUCCGCAACUUCCUUCUCUCUAAACUGGAGAGAGAGAAAUUUGAUGGGUGGGCUGUUUGGUGGAUGAGGAAUUGAUUGGAUGGUCACAUCCAGGGGGUGGUCGUCAGCAACUUAAUGUCCAGAUGGAGACUGGUGAAGCGUAGAGCCCCUCAGGGAUCCGUAUUGGGACCAUUACCAAUAACAUAGACGGUGGGAUUUAGUGCACCCUCAGCAAGUUUGCAGAUGACACCAAGCUGAGAGGUGCGGUUGACACACCUGAGGGAGAGGAUGCCAUCCAGAGGGACCUGAACCAGCUCAAGAAGUGGGCCCGUGUGGACUUAAUGAGGUUCAACAAGGCCAAGUACAAGGUCCUACCUUGUCUAAGGGCAAUCCUGGGUAUCAGUAUAAACUGGAGGGUAAGGAGAUUGAGAGCAGCCCUGCUGAGAAGGACUUGGGAGUCCUGUUGGAUGAAAAGCUGGACAUGACCUGGCAGUGUGUGCUUGCAGAGCAGAAAGCCAGUCGUAUCCUGGACUGCAUCAAAGGAAGCAAGGUCAGCAGGUCAAGGGAGGUGAUUCUGCACCUCUGCUCUGCUCUGGUGAGACCCCACCCAGAGCCGUGUGUCCAGCUCCAGGGUCCUCAGCACAGGAAAGACAUGGAGCUGUUGGAGCAAGUACAGAGGAGGGCUGUGAAAAUUAUCAGAGAAGUGGAACACAUUUUCUGUGAGGAAAGGCUGAGAGAGUUGGGGUUGUUUAGCCUAGAGAAGAGAAGGCUCUGUGCUGUAUUAUGGCAUUUCAGUACUUCAGAUGGGCUUAAAAGAAAGACAGGGACAAACAUCUUAGCAGGGCCUGUAGUGAAUGGACAAGGGAUAAUAUUUUUAAACUAAAAGAAGGGAGAUUUAGACUAGAUACAAGGAAGUUUUUUAUUAUGAGGGCAAUGAAACAGUGAAACAGGUUGCCCAGAAGAGGUGGUAGAUGCCCCAUCCCUGUAAACAUUCAAGGCCAAAUUGGACAUGGCUUUGAGCAACCUCAUCUGGUUAAAGAUGUCCCUGCUCACUGCAGAGGGGUUGGGCUAGAUGACCUUGAAUGCUACUAUCUAUAGAAUGGUACUGUCCAAAAUUAAUUUAAUGGUUUGUUUUUAAAACCAUUAUGCUUGAGGAUAGAGGGCAGUACCAAAAGAAAAACUUGAGAAAUUUAGUUUGAAUACAACUCUCACCUUAAGUGUGGAGCAUGUAUACAGAUAAGUAAUUAACUGCUCUUUGCAUUUUUGCCUUCAAGUUAAAGAAAAUGUAAUUGCAUUCAUUCAGUUGAGUAUACCUAUCUCUGCCCAUGAUUUAAUAACAAAUAUUGUGUAUUGUUUUUUAAAUCCAAUACAUGAUUUGUCUUUACAAUAGAGGUUGUAUUUUUCUAUUAUGUUACAAAUAACAAUUUCAAUUUCUGUUGUCAAACAUAGUUUUCCAAAUUAAUACAGUGAAUUAAAAUGCUGGAAAUUGUCAUUAGUAGCAUUUCUACUAUUGAGUUGCACUAGUGUGAGGUCUAGUUUACUGCAAAUUUCAUGGAUGAAAGAGAAUAGUAGAGAGAUGCAAGGGGCAAGAAGAAGCAAACAGAAAGACCUUGAGGUGGAAAAAAGCUAGAUAAGCAAGUAGAUAAGAUAAAUUUGUCAAAGAUAACAAGUGUGAAGGGUAGUUAGCUGAGAUUUUUGCAACCUCAUUUGCCACAUCUGCAUUGCGGGGUGGUAAUGAGCCAAAUGAGAAGAAAAUUCUUGCUCCUUUGAUUAGUUGCAGAUGUGUGUCUGGUAACUGUGGCUAAAUAUAAUAAUCACAAAGCUGCAGUAGAGCAACUUCAAAAAUUUGCUUCCAAAGGCUUCCUACUCUUUUGAUAUAUUUGGUACCUUGAUAUUUUGAUAACUUUGGCAUCCUUAGAAAACUAUUUCUAAGUCUCUGUGUAUAGAUGCUAGUUGGUAUCCUUUCUAAUUCUUAUUCUGUCUUAGACUUCUAGCAAUCUUUUGGAAUAGUUUAUUUAGUUUGAAAUCUGUGAGAAUCACCACUUUGUUGUAUGAUAGUAAGUUAUUGAUGGUAUUGCUCUUCAGUAAGUUUUGUGUCUGAGGAGGCCUCUGACAAUGACUAAGUUCCUAGGGUGCUUUCCUUUUCCAUGCCUAGCACAGUUAGGUGUCUCUGUCCUGUGCAAGGUUUUGGAAGGGUGAUUGCCUAAAAACUUUGAUGGAAAAGAAACAUUUAGAAAUUGUCUAAACUAGCUAAAAUUAAAGUGUCUGAAAAUCAGUUCCCACUCUGGUGAUUUUUGUGCUUUGUUUAGGACUUGGAGAAGCUAUGUCCUCAGAAUUCUAUAACCUGAAAUAGAUUUGUCUAGAGCCUUUCUAUCAAAACUUUAAACUGCUUUGUUCUCUUAGAAGUCAGGUGGCAAGAGUUGCAGCCUGUUCUGUUCUGAUUCAAUUGUUUGAACAUUAAUCUGGGUCAGGGCAAAGGUCCAUCUGCUACAGCUGAAAAGAAAUCAGCCGUGUAUCUUGAAAAAUAUUAAUCUGACUCAUCCCUCUUGGGGGAAAGCUCCUCUCAAGCUUUCACACUGUUUAUACACAGACCUUCUGUGUGGCAUCCAUAAAGUUGUAUCAGGAAAGAAUGUAAUAUAAUGGGGUGUUGUGGGCAUUCCCUAAGGAUUGCUUCUUGGGUAUGGAUGUAGUGAACUCUUCAGAGCACCUUGCUAUUUGUGAGGGAUCAGGGUAUUCUGACAGCACAGCGUCCACACUGGAGGCAUGGACUUAAGUGUUAAAUCCCCAAGCACAUAUGUUUUUCUGGUAUCUGUUUAACACUCAAGCACUGUAAUUUCAAGGAUUCAGGCAAUAUUUUUAUUUUAGGAAAUUAAAUUUAAAAAAAUUCAAAUUGCCUUAAAAUGUAUUUUGCAAUUAAUAUGGUCUAAAUCUGUAGUAAAAAAGGAUGAGGAAGAGGCUGAGGUGCUCAACAAUACUUUGCCUUAGUCUUUAGCAGUGGAACUAGCUGUUCCAUUGAAAUACAGCCACAUGAGCUAGAAGACAGGGAAAGGAUUCAGAAUGAGGUCAUCACAAUUAAAGAAGAAGUGGUCAGAGACCUCCUACGCCACUCAGAUGCAUACAAGUCUGUGGGACCAGAUGGAUUAUAUCCAAGGGUGCUGAAAGAGUUGGCAGACGUGAUUGCCAGGCCACUUUCCAUUAUUUACCUGAAGUCUUACUUGGGCCACAACAACCCCAGGCAACCCUACAGGCCUGGGGAAGUGUGGCUGGAAAGUGUCUGGCAGAAAAGGACCCAGGGGUUCUAAUGGACAAGGGGCUGAAUGUGAGCCCGCAGUGUGCCCAGGUGGCCAAGAAAGCCAAUGGCAUCCUGGCUUGUCUUAGAAAUAGUGUGAGCAGCAGAAGUAGAGAGGUGAUUGUGCCCCUGUACUCAGCACUGGUGAGGCCACACCUGGAGUAUUGUGUCCAGUUUUGGGCACCUCAAUUCAAGAGAGAUAUUGAGGUGCUGGAGCAAGUACAGAGGAGGGUAAUGAAGCUGGUGAAGGGCCUAGAGAAUAGAUCUUACAAAGAACGCUUGAAGGAGCUGGGGUUGUUCAGUUUGAGAAAGAGGAGGCUGAGGGGAGACCUCAUCAGUCUCUACAACUACCUGAAAGGUCAUUGUAGAGAGGCUGGUGCUGGUCUCUUCUCACAGGUAAUUAGUGACAGAAAAAGAGGGAAUGGCUUUGAGCUGCAACAGGGGAGGUUUAGACUGGACAUUAGGAAAAAAAAAAAAUUCACAGAGAGAGUGGUUAGACACUGGAAUAGGCUUCCCAGGGAGGUGGUUGAGUCACCAUCCCUGGAUGUGUUUAAGGGUCGUUUGGAUGUGGUGUUGGUGGAUAUGGUUUAGGGGAGAACUUUGUAGAGUAGGGAUGAUUGUUUGACUUGGUGAUCCCAAGGGUCUUUUCCAACCUGAAUAGUUCUAUGAUUCUAUGGCUAUACAUUUUACCCUUAAUAUUCUUGUACUUUUCUGAAGGGAGAAGAAAGACAUAAGAUAAAUUAUAACCAGAAGUCUUUAUUUGCUACUGUGAUGUUUAGAGAACUUGCAUCACAUGUUGCUCCAGUGAACUAUUUGGAUAGAUUUGUGUCCUAUUUAGGUUUUUAAGGGAACUAAAACUUUAUAAACAUUGCUGACAAUGACAGUUAACAAGUAAAGAAGGGAGAAUUCAGGGCAGUGAGUACAGUAAGAUUCAUAUUUGGCUUUUUAAAAGUUUUACUAAUGAUGAAACAUUUUGAUGGUAAAAUUAGGUUUUCACAUCAGAAAAAAGAGGAAGUGAGAAAUGAAGGUGAUGCUAUGUGACAAGAGGGAGGAGAAAUUAUACAGAAAAAUAAUUGGAUGAAGAUUUUAGAUAGUGAAUAAGGAUAUAGGAAUACAAGAAGAGCAAGAACUAUUUAGCAUAAUGUUUUAUAAGUAAGUGUAGCACCUGAACUCUUCCUGAAAAAAAAUUUUAAAAAAAAAAAAAUACACUUAUCUAAAUGCUAAAUAGACUAUAAAUGAGGAAGAAAGGAGGAAGUCAUGCAAUGAGUUAAUUAGUUUAUAUGUUUUGUUUGUUAAGGUUUGAGAGGAGGUCUCCUUCCAGCAUAAACCUAAAUCUGAAAAGGGGAUGAUGGAGGAAAAAAAGCUGUAAUUACUGCCUCCUUCUCUAGUACAUGUUUUCUAAGGGAAAAAUUGUCUUUUGUCAUGUUAACAAUUAAGAAAAUCAAGAGAUAUGGUAAAAUUAGCCAACAUGGCAAUCAGCCAACAUCAGGCAACUUCCUAGAUAUCUCAGAUCAUUAGGAAACAACCAAUAAAGUAGGAACAUAUGGUACCUACCUUGAAAGAAGAGCAGAAGUUACAUGUACAAAUGUAACCCAUACACUUGUAAGUGUAUCUAGUUUACUGCAGGUAUGUCUGUGUACAGUACAAAUCUUUACUGUUGUUUGAUAGAAUAGCUUAUUAUUAUCAUAUCUAUGUACUAAUUAGGAAAAAAAUGUGGAAAAAAAUUCCUGAAGUAUUUCUGUUCAAAAGUGCUUUUGAGCCCUUAGACAGAAUAUUUUUCUGUUCCUCAUCAGUAUGCAUGGAUGGUUACUCUAACUUAAAGUUCAGGCCUGAAAAUACAUGUACACAUAAAAGGUUGAAGGGAGCUGAAAAAUCAGUUCCAGUGUACUCUGAAAGAUAUUCUUCUGCCCCACUCCUGCCACACCCCAAAAGGGACUUGAACAUAAGUGACCUAGGUAAAGAGUGACUUGCUAUGGAUUAUCACAAUUUUUCUGUAGGUAACUGUUAAAGUGGGCAUUUUGAUUGCUAAGAAAACAUUUUUAAUGCAAAAAUAUGCAAUCCUCUUGAAACACACUUUAUUUUUCAUGAGAAAACAAACUGUCUCAGAAUACCAAUUUGAAAGGUCUCUGUGGUAACUUUUAAAAUUAAGUUUAUAAUAUUUUCAUUCCUAUCGUUGUUUUGAGAUUUCAGUCUGAGUUCUCAGCCUGAAGUCCUGCAAUUCUUAUACAAGACCCAGAGGCAAAAAUGUGGUAUACUGAGAGAAUGUGGUCUGAUCAGAGAAUAGCUUAUUGAGGAAGGACUCUUGGACCUCAAAACACUCAAAAUCUACUUCCUACAAUCUACUUUUCUUCACCUCCUUUCUAGCAGAACCUCAGGGUAGAGUCAGAGGAGAGAAAACUUUUCUCUAUUUACAUAAACUCUGUGGAAAAAAAGGGGUAAAGAACCUACAUUUUCCUUUGAAAUCAAAUUACUGGGUUACUUGUGAGGUAAGUGGUUCGUGCAGAUGUGAUUUUUAUGAGAUCUUUUUGAAGGAGCUUUCCUACUGAAAAGGUAAUGAGAGAGUUCCCUAGUAGGAGGAAGAAAAAAUAUAAGGAAUUGGUGAAGACUGAGGAACUUUGGCAACUCCAUGGGUGAAUGAGUAUCAAAGAAAGAGGUGCAGGGGGAAGGAAGGGCCUUUAGAUGGAAAAAAAGAUGCCACUGGAUGAAAAAAAAAAGGUAACAAGAAUUAUCAGAUGAUUAAACGAAAAUGAAUUAGUAAAGAGUUGAAUGGAAGAGAUCCCAUAGCAGCAUUGUUUUUGAAAGAUACUUUUUUCCUAUGGACGUAUUUUUCACUGUGGUGGAUGGAGGAGAAGGCAGAAGAAAGCAGAAGAACUGGCUUUGUGGCAACUAAGGAUUUGUGGAAUUGAAAAAUUGUGGAUUUGAAUAACUGUGGAUAUGAAUUGAUUUUCCUUUUUUUUUUUUUUGUGGAAAAAAGUGGUAUUUACUUUG